CUGACUUCAUAAGUUGCAUACACAAGAAUAUCUAAUUUGUUUCGACAUUUGAUAAUUAAAACACACUAUAAGUUAUUUAUUGUCCGACUACCUGAUGACUUGAUCGGACUGAAUACUUAUGAGCUAUGGAAUUGGUAUACAAGCGGUUAAAAUCGUGUGCGGGUUGAGGUGUCAACUGAUAUUAAUCGGGCUUCCCAGGCGGUCUCAAUGAAUAAUAACAGGAUAUGAUAACAUGGCCGUACAAUCUGACUCUGGCGGGAAGGACGACGUGAAGACACAGUUCGUGACUCGAGAGGGGACGUAUCGAUUGAUGACAUUGUCUGAGUAUUCGAGACCAAAUCGUGUGGGGUAUACUAGCGGGUCAGGUUCGACCCAUGUGCGCGUAUCGCUGGUUUCCCUGCCCCCGGGUACGGGAGGCGGAGCUCCUGGAUCGGACGGACAAGGCUCCGAUGACAGAAUAUGCUUUAAUCACGGCAAAGAGCUCUAUGUUUAUGUGUAUAGAGGAGUUAAGAAGGCUGCAGAUCUCACUAAACCGGUGGACAAGAAGAUGUACAAAGGUACGAACCCAACUUGCCACGACUUCAACACAAUUACUAUGACACCUGAGAGUGUAUCUUUAGUCAUAGGAUUUUCAACUGGCCAAAUUCAACUCAUAGAUCCAAUUAAGAAGGAAUUAAGUAAAUUGUACAAUGAAGAGAGGUUGAUAGACAAGACUCGAGUGACCUGCAUUAAAUGGGUACCGGGUUCUAGUAACCUUUUCAUCAGUGCCCAUGCAUCUGGUCAGCUUUAUGUUUACAACGAGGAACUCACCUGUGGCACCACGUCACCCCAUUACCAGCUUUUUAAACAGGGAGAGAGUUAUUCUAUUCAUACGUGUAGAACUAAAUCAACUAGAAAUCCUCUCUAUAGGUGGGUAAUAGGUGCGGAAGGCAGCUGUAUUAACGAAUUCUCGUUUUCGCCAUGCGGGACAAAUCUAGCAGUGGUGUCGCAGGACGGUUUCUUGAGAGUGUUUCACUAUGAUACUAUGGAGUUGAUCGGACGGGCGAGAUCGUAUUUUGGUGGAUUUUUGUGCGUGUGUUGGUCCCCAGACGGGAAGUAUGUUGUGGUGGGAGGGGAGGACGAUUUAGUGACCGUGUGGUCAUUCAGUGAGAGAAGAGUGGUCGCUCGAGGACAGGGACAUCGGUCUUGGGUUUCGGUGGUCGCGUUCGACCCGUACGUGGUCAGCUUCGCGGACCCCGAGCACGAGGUCGAGGAGGACAAGAAGAGCGAAAGUGUGCAGUGUUAUAGGUUAGGUAGCGUAUCGCAGGACACGCAGCUGUGUCUGUGGGACCUCACGGAGGACGUUCUCAGGCCGCCGGUACGGGUGCGGGCCUCCGCCCACCUCUCCCCGAACAGCCAGGGUUUCUCCCCGAACGGCGUCCCGGGCACGAAGGCCCCCGCCAAGUGCACCAAGACGAACAAGAUCGGGCACAAGCACGCCGAGCUGAGCGGCGUGACCGCGGCCGGCGAGCCGUCCGGCGCGAAGCCGGCCGCCAAGGGGAAGGCGAACAACGUGGCCACGCUCAACAUCAGCGUCGGCAAGGCCAAGGAGGAGAGCUCCGGCUCGCUCGGCGCCAACUUCACGCAGCGGCUGGCCGGCUUUUCGUUCGGCGAGCGGCGCUCGGAGCACCGGCGCAACUUCAGCCUGGCGCGGCCGGCCGAGAAGGCGGGCGCGGGCGUGGCGCUGCGGCGCGCGGACGGGCACGACCCGCUGCGGCUCAUCGGCACGCCGUCGUGCCCGCGCUUCGACGAGUGCCCCGUGCUGGAGCCGCUGGUGUGCAAGAAGGUGGCGCACGAGCGGCUGACGGCGCUGCUGUUCCGCGCCGAGUACCUGGUGACGGCGUGCGCGGACGGCUGCGUCAACACGUGGGCGCGGCCGGCGCGCGCGCACAACGGCGACGCGCGGCGCCGCGACCGCGAGCGCCUCGACCUCGUGGACUAGGCCGUGGCCCUCGCUGCUUGUGAAUAUGGUACGAAACAUUCUGCAUGUCUUAAAUUAUUAGUAUAUAUUGGAUGCGAAACGAUUUUUCUUUAGUUGUUGUGAUUCGUUUGAUUCGAUUCGAUAUAUGAAGAAGUGAACGCGUGUAGAUCGAAGUUGUUUUAUAAUAUCAUUUUGACGUCGUAGCUACGUAGAUAUUAUGGGUACGAAUAGUUCCAGAAAAUGUUCUUAAUAAUUUGUAUUGAAACAUCAGAUUACUGACAAAACGUUUUUUUUAAAUAAACUCGACUUUUAAAAUGGCAGCUAAAUUAAAAUCAUCAAAUUAUAUUAUAACUCACAGUAUCAUUUUUUUUGGCAACUGUACUUGUGAUACAAUGUUGACAGUGUGUGAAAUUAUGUAAUAUUCCAAUUAGACAGUUACAGUGUAUGUUAAUGCACUGGGGUUUUGCUGAAUUUUUGACUCUAUAUAAAUGUUUGACUUAUUUACUUAGAGGCUUUUAAUUGUGCCAAUAAGCUUCCCUAACUAUGUUAGAUCGUUGAAAUACUCUAGUUCCACACUUACCUUUGAUUACAUUGGUUCCACUGAUAUACAUUUUUAACCUUUUUCUUUUAUAAAUAGAAUUUAGUAAAAUCAAUGUCACUAUCGCGAAUAUUUUGUUUUGUAUGUUGUGAUUAUGCAAAAUAAAAUAAAUUAAAAAUUUCGUUUCUCGAAUCUGAUCUGAUUUGAGCCUCUUCCCUAUCCUUGUAAUUUAUUCACGCCAAAUGUACCAUAAUUUACAAUAUUCAGCGAAAGUCCAGUGUUGGCAGUUCUGAAAAUGAUGUCAAAUAUUUUAUAUAUGGCAAUAGUAUUGUGAUUCUAUUGUAAAGACGAGUUGUACAUACCUUAAUAUUCUAAGACAUUUUCCUUUCGGCUCACAUGUAAAUAUAGCAUGUAGGUUGUUUACUAGCAAUCAAAGAUUGCGUGUUUAUUAUAAUUCAGACUUAAAUUAAUUUUUAAUUGAUCUGUUUUAAAAUUAUCUAAAUUAAAUCGAAAUUAAUUCAUAAAAAAAGAAUGUAUGCACCGCGAGCUUUUCGAUUUCGAAAAAAAAUAUUUAUUUAAUUUUAAUUCAAUUUAAAUGUUGUUGAAAAUAAUCGACUCGUCUCAGAGACUUUGUUGUUAUGGAUAUUUAAUUAUAAUUGUUGAUGUAUCGUUCGUAAGAUUAAUUGUGGCGUAUCCUCGCAGCGCUCGUAACAAAUAAGCGAUUGUUUGUUUUAUCGGUUUCAUAGAGUAAUUUACAAUUAGUCACAAUUUUAUUUAUAAUACAGCCUAUCUUUUCGCAUAACUUUUAAAUUAAUUUUCUUUAGACAACAAGCGCGGUUCCCAGUUUCUAGUAGGUAGUCAAUAAUCGAACGCGUGACCCCAACGAUCACUUUCAUUGUAAAUAAAACAACAAUUAGGUAAUAAACUAAAUCUUCGAAUUUUCAGCUGUAAAUCUUGACAAGUUUCAUAAUUAUUAUAAUUAAUCUUAUGUCAAUAUUUAUAAUUUUAUAAUAAUCAAAUUUUAAAAAUCAAGCAAAAAAAAAAAUUUGUUUAAAGAUAUAUUGUUUUUCUUUUUAGAAUAUUCCUUUAACAAGUAACACUUACACAGUAAUUUUGCUGUCGAAUGGCUGUUUAUAUUUAUGGUCUCAUAAUAUAAAACUAACAUAACUUUUAUUUAUACGAAUGUAAACUCAAAGAAAAGAAAGAUU